AUGACAGCUACUAUGAGGAUGCUCGCUUAUGGAGUAGCAGCAGAUUCAGUGGAUAAUUAUGUGAGAAUUGGUGAAAGCACUGCUAUAGAGAGUCUAAAACGCUUUGUUAAGGCGGUGGUUGCAAUAUUUUUUGAGAGGUACUUGAGGAGCCCUAACAACGAUGAUAUUUCAAGAUUAUUAGCGAUGGGAAGCAAUCGCAGGUUUCCUGGUAUGUUAGGGAGCAUUGAUUAUAUGCAUUGGAAGUGGAAAAAUUGUCCUAUUGCACAGAAAGGUAUGUAUUCAGGUUACAUCCAUGAACCAACUAUUAUUUUAGACGGUGUGGCUUCUCAAGAUUUAUGGAUAUGGCAUGCCUUUUUUGGGAUGCCCGGAUCUCAUAACGGCAUCAAUGUAUUAGAUCGUUCUUCUGUAUUUUCACUCCUUACUCAAGGUCAUGCUCCUCCAGUCAAUUACUUAAUCAAUGGAAAUGAUUAUACAAUGGGAUACUAUCUUGCCGAUGGUAUAUAUCUGCAAUGGGCAACAUUUGUCAAAAUAAUCUCAUCUUCACAAGGGAAUAAGCAAAUAUAUUUUGCAAAAGCUCAAGAAUCGACAAGGAAGGAGGUUGAGUGA